AUGAAGUUCCUCUUGAUCCUUACCUGUCUGGGAGUAGCGGCUGCUGUCCCCUUUGAUGACGACGACAAGAUUGUGGGAGGCUACACCUGCCAGGAGCUCUCGGUCCCCUACCAGGUGUCUCUAAAUGCUGGAUAUCACUUCUGUGGGGGCUCUCUCAUCAGCAGUCAAUGGGUUGUAUCAGCUGCUCACUGCUUCCAUUUCCGCAUCCAGGUGAGGCUUGGGGAAUACAACAUAAAUGUCCUGGAAGGGUCAGAGGAGCUCAUUGAUGCUGAGAAACAAAUUCCCCAUCCCAAGUAUGACCCGGUUACCACGGACAACGACAUUAUGCUCAUCAAGCUGGCUACCCCUGCCACCCUGAACUCCCGCGUCCGAGCCAUUUCCUUGCCUUCGAAAUGUGUGGCUGCUGGGACUGAGUGCCUGAUCUCAGGAUGGGGCAACACCCUCAGUGAUGGAUUCAACUUGCCAGAGCUUCUUCAGUGCCUGGAUGCUCCCGUUCUAAGUGACGCCGAGUGCAAGGAUGCCCUGGUGGGGCAAAUCACCCCAAACAUGAUAUGCGCAGGAUACCUGGAAGGCGGCAAAGAUUCCUGUGACGGGGAUUCUGGUGGACCCAUGGUAUGCAACGGGGAGCUCCAAGGAAUUGUGUCUUGGGGCAUAGGGUGUGCUCUGAAAGGUUUUCCUGGCGUAUACACCAAGGUCUGUAACUAUGUGGACUGGAUCCAAGAAACAAUUGCGGCCAACUGA